GGCUGCCUCUCCCCAGUUCCUCCAGCCCUGCAGAGCCCGGCAGGGAUGCAGACCUGGGCAUAGCGCCCACCCCCUCCCACCUGCCUUCCCGCCCUCCCCCCACCCACGCCAAGGAGGGUUCUCGCCGGUGGUCUGAGUGUGGGGCUGGUCUGGGGUCUCCAGACCUCACGACAUGGAAGGGUCCUUCCGACUCCUGGCCUGCUUGGUGUGCAUCGUCCCAGUGGGAUCAUUUGUGAGAACUAAAAGAGAUACUACCAGGAGCUUGCUCAACACAGAGGUGCACAGUGCGCCGGCGCAGCGCUGGUCCAUGCAGGUGCCGGCCGAGGCGAGCGCGGCGGCGGGCGAGGCGGCCGUGCUGCCCUGCACCUUCACGCACCCGCACCGCCACUACGACGGGCCGCUCACGGCCAUCUGGCGCUCAGGCGAGCCGUACGCGGGCCCGCAGGUGUUCCGGUGCGCGGCGGCGCGGGGCAGCGAGCUGUGCCAGACGGCGCUCAGCCUGCACGGCCGCUUCCGGCUGCUCGGCAACCCGCGCCGCAACGACCUGUCGCUGCGCAUCGAGCGCCUGGCGCUGGCCGACGACGGCCGCUACUUCUGCCGCGUCGAGUUCGCCGGCGACGUCCACGACCGCUACGAGAGCCGCCACGGCAUCCGGCUCCGCGUGACCGGUGAGCGCGGCGCGGGGCCCGGGGGCGGCGGGGAGGGGAGGGGAGGGCCCCGCGCCUCGGUCCCUCCCCGCCUUCCCCGCGCGUCCGAGCGCUCCCUAGGUCGAAAGGGGUGCAACAGGCACACCCCUCUCUCUGGAGCAGGGGGCCUCACACCUGGCGAUGGCUCCAAGCCACCCGGGAACUUGUUAAAAAUGCCGAAUCCUGGCCCCAGGAAGGGCCGCCGCCUCGAGCACCCAGUCACGCAGGACACCCCACCGCGGCCCCAGGCUCAGGAGUCCAACUAUGAAAACUUGAGCCAGAUGAGCCCCAGGGGCCCACGGGCAGCCACGUGUUCACCGUGAGGAGCCCUGCAGCCACCGACAUCCACUGGUCUCCAUGCGGCGUGAAGGCCAACCUGAGGCUGGGCUGGGAUGGCCCUUCCUGACUCCCAGGCACCUUGGCAGCCCCAGCCAGGCAGCACUCCAAAGGCGGCCAGGACCCUACUCACAGAGGCUCAGUGGUCCCCUACGUGGACAUUUGUCCCCAAGUCCCAGCAAUAUUUCUGUCAUUGGUGCUGCAUUUUGAAAGGGGGGUGGGGGCACGUGUGCAUGCAUGACCUCAAGCUUCUGGAAAGCUCCUCUCACCAUUUCUUACCUAGAACACCACAGUCAAGCUGGCAGGACACUGGUCAGAGGGUGUCGAGGCCCAGGCUCCGUCCUGGCUCUGUCACCGACUUGCUGUGUGGACCAAGGCAUUUUUCACCUCUGUGGGUCUCAAAACUCGUCCACUGUUGAACAUGGAUAAUAUUCUCCCCUCCUGGCUCAGGACUAUCAGGGUGUAAGGAAGUAGUGGACGUGAGGGACUUUGGGAAAUACGAAGUCACCUAGGGAUGUGACUGAAGGGUGUUUCAGGCCCCUCCUUGCAGGGCAGUCUCGGGACGUGCAGCCCUGGACGAGUGUGCCGGCCUCACUGAGAGUGAGGAUUCCAGAGAGCAAAACUGGCGCUGGGCUGGGCUCUGGCCCCAGGAGCAUCAAGGUGACAGCAAGGGGAAGCCUGGCGUCCCUGCCCUGGGGCCUUCUCUGUGGCUGCCCCACACUCUUUGCCCACCUCUUACCCCAUCUGCUGCUCUGCACUGCCUUCAUCUGGGAAAGGAAACAAAGCAUCUUCUGGACGCAUCUGGAAUCCACCGUCCUUAAGGACCAAAAGCUGGGAGGUGUGAGGGGGACACCACCGGUGUCCGUAGAUGAAGCAGCUGCGGUCGGGGCCCUCUGCCACCUGCACCCUCCCUGGAUGUGCACGAGCCAGAAACACCAGCGGUUUACUCCCAUUUGCACAAGGGCUGCCAGGCUGACUGCAGGGUGCUGCCUUCCCCCCUCACACUUCAGUGCACCUUUUAGCUCCUGCAGUGCAGUCCUUGGGGGCAGAGAGAGGGGGAGGAGUGUGCUUGGGACUCGAGUGAGCUGGCAAGAGGAAAAGGCCACAGAGGUAGGGAACUGAAGGGGCAGUGGGAACAAACUUUCUUUCCUUCGGAGCUUUUCCAGAAGCUGCAGUGGUACCCAGAGUCACUGGACUGAGCACAGGGUCCUCUCUGAUGCCUUCCGGGGACACGGCCUGAAGGCUGCGGGAUCGUUAACAAGCAGGGUAGCGGGUUACGAGGGUUCCUCUCCUCACUGGAGCCUUCACCAGGGCACAGGGGUGAUGGCGGCUCAUGGUUAACUCGGGAUUUAUCCAGGAGCCUGUCUGAGCUGUGAAGAGGUCAGAGGAGUUGGCAUUUGUACCUCUUUGUACA